UUGUGGGCCAUCACUCAUCCAUCUGCUCGCUCUCUCUCUUUCUCUCUCUCUUUUGUGUACCCACUCUCAUUUCCUGUUCUGUGCUGUUGUCAUGACUACUGUUGCCAAGGAGAGGCAGCCACAAGAGAAAGGAAACCUAAACCAGAGAUCUUGUAGCUGUAAUAUUUAAUUCAUCAACUCAGACUCUAAUGUUUGCAUGUUAUGGAGAAGAAUGAAACAAAGGAAAAGGGCAAAAUGACACAAAUACAAUAAAGCAGAAUGAAAUAACUAGGUAGUCUCUAUCAAAUAAUUAUAUUUUAAAAUGUAAGUUACAAUACGCCCCCCACCCCCACUAUCAAUUCAUCUUUAAUCACCUCGCAAGGUAACCUUAUAUUGCUGUAAUCAGAUCAUUUGUACCUUUGUAAAAUAUCCCCUUACGACUUGACAGCCAUGUUAAUUUGCACUUCUGCCUAAAACACUGUUACAAUGACAGUGUUUUUGAAAUGAAGUAGAUUACCGAUAUUCUCCAUCACAAAAAAAAUGGACUGGUAUACUAGUGAGAGGAUUUUGGUUUUUUAGUCAUCACAGUCGUCGUUAGAAUUGCCCACAACAGCAAACACCCUCACAAGCCUGUCUUUAUAAAGCAAUUUCUAUGUCAAAACAGUCUCAUAAAUGAAAAGGGCAAGCACUCUUUUCAGCGUCCCUUAAAAAGCGCUGAAUGUUUUGAGGCGUAUUGUUGACAGCCCCUAGAUUGUCUUUGUGCUAAUUGAUCUGCUAGCAGACACCACUCUCGCCCUCCCUCCUCUGUCUCGCUCUGUCUCCCUUUAUAUCCAGCCAUCCACUGCUUUCCUUUCAGGAUGAGAGUGGCUUUACUCGACAUUGUUUCCAAAGAUGGAUGAGACUGGCACACUUGAAACACCUGUAAGUGUUAUCGGCCUGCCCAAUAGGAGAUCGCCACUCUGACAGCAAGAAACCAACCCAUGAAGGUUUUGUUGCAGGGAGCAGAACAUUGUCUUUGCCUAAGUGUCCUGAAGCACAGCACUUUUUUGUGUUUGCUCUCGAUACGACCCUCUCCUCUAUAAGAGCAGCUAAACUAAAGAGCUUGAAAGAGGACAACGUCUUUACUUUUGGCAUCUAUUCACACAGGUUUCACAUCUGAAGAACUUUUCUUUUUAAUUGUGGAUAUAUAUUUUUUUUUUUACGAAGGCCUUUGCCAUAGUUCAAACCCUAGUUUAGGGUCUGUUUGAUGUUUGUUGGGUGCUUGGAAGUAAUGGAUCUUUGACCGCCACUGCAUCUAUGUCACGGUAUCAAAUUAAAUCGGUGUGACCUGUUUGGGUAAGGCAACACCGGACUGGGUUGCAACAGAGGCACAUGUCCCUGUGAUAAGAGCAGAUCUUUCUUUACCGAGAAGACAACAAGUCCACACCACUUUACAGUGGUACAAGACCAACUUCUACCCUCUGGACGUAGCCUGUGAUGGUGGUACCCUCACUGAAGUUCAAUCAAUCCCAAUCGGUUGAGUUGACACAACUGCCAGCAGUUCUUCAAUUAUUCAUCACUUCAAAGAAAGACUAGGCGAAAGUAAACACGACUGUUUGAGAAACCAAAAGAUGGACUAGAAUUUGCCUGAACAAAACGCUGUUCCAAGAAACGUUCCAAGUUUCUUUUUGAGGAGGACUGACCAAGACUAUUUGCGCAAGAUUUGCAAAUCUAUCGAGACCAAAAAAUGGACUAGUAUGCGCCUGAACAAAACUUUGCUUUAAGAAAUUUGAAAAAGACAGAACUGAGAGGUCACGAGAGGGACAAGAGGACUGACUGAGACUUCUUGCAGAGAACUGACAAACGUGGCAACCAAAAGAGGGACUAGUCCAAACUUCUGAAAGAGAAAAAACAGAGGUCUAGCAAGGAACUUUCAAAGAAGGUCUGGCCUAAACUUCUUGCUAAGGAUUGACAAACGUGCCGAACUCUGUGGGCAAGGAGGACUGAAGCUAUUAUCUAUAGUUGGACCACCUGAAAGCGGAAAAGUGUCGUCGAGGUUGUGGCCCGAGGAGGCGUGGUACUCAGAGGGUGGCGAGAUGGUGAACACAGGUAUGCAGCUGAUCAGCUUCACCUGUGCUGUGACAGGUUGGGUGAUGGCUAUAGCAGUGACUGCACUGCCCCAGUGGAAGGUCACGGCGUUCAUAGGCAGCAACAUCUUGACCUCCGAAAUUGUUUGGCAGGGGAUCUGGAUGAACUGCAUCUACCAGACCACUGGCCAUAUGCAGUGUAAGACCUACGACUCCAUGCUGGCUCUACCACCUGAUAUCCAGGCAGCACGGGCACUGAUGUGCAUUGCUAUCUUCUUGGGCUGGUUGUCCUGCACCGUUUCUUGCUGUGGAAUGAAGUGCACCACCUGUGCCGGGGACGAUCGCCAUGCCAAGGCUGGCAUAGCACUGUCCGGUGGGGUGCUCUUCAUCCUGACAGGCCUGUGCGUCCUAGUGCCGGUUUCCUGGACAGCAAACACUGUGGUGCAGGACUUCUACAACCCCAAUGUUCCCCUCCAGCACAAGCGGGAGCUGGGUCAGGCCAUUUACCUGGGAUGGGCAGCAGCAGUGAUUCUUAUGAUCAGCGGGGCAGUGCUGAGCAGUACCUGCCCGCACAUCGAGAGAGGAGGGUACAGACGUGGGUACAUAGGUCGUAGUUUUGCAAACUCAAGGUCUUCUACUCCAGAUCCGCUAAAGCCAAUCACCACCAGUACCAUGCCUCUUAAGGAGUAUGUAUGAUUAAGAUAAAUGAAUGAAAUGUGGGAAGGUGUGGAUAAACCGGGAUAAUGAUUAAAUGUGCAUUCAGUAAUUUGUGUUUCAAUGGACAGAUGCAUUUUGUGUCAUUGUCAUUGAGGCGAUCAUGUCCAUGUCUGCCAUAUGAAGUCCCAUUUAUCUGCUCUUCUUCUUUCAUUGCUCAUACAUGAUCGGACACAUUGAUGCUGUUGACUACAGCUCCUUCAUUAUGUUGCCUGUAAUAGACAUAUUGUACUUACUGUUAUAUUGUUUGGUUUGCAUAUAUUCUUAAGAGUCAUUUCUGAAAAUUUGAAUUUGUAGCUUUAAUGUAUCUAAUUUCUGCACCACUAGCAAAACAGCAUUGAAAAAAUCAGGACUGCUAUUUAACACUCAAAAAUUGAUACCCCAAUUAUUGGAAUGAAUGACACGCUUUAAACUUUAAUUGAACACAGCUGGCCAAGUGAUCUCAGCUUGCUUCAGUAGGCGUGAUUGUACAUUGUUUUUAAUUUGUCAAAAGUAUUAUUCCUUUCUUCAGGGGUAAGGGUUUCAAUGUGGAAAAAUGUACUGAGUGCAACUUUAAUCAAAGACAGUCUAUCUAGAAUUAAGCAUAUAGAGUUUGAGCAGUAAUAUUCUAAUAGUAUUGCAGUGGGUCCAAGAUUUUCAGAAACAUUUUUCUUUUACCUUAUUGUUUGUCACUCUCUCUUUUGUCACAUUUCUCGUAUGAAGUGUUCAUUCAAGGUAUUCAACAAUUGGUGACAACUAUAUAUAGGUUAGUUUUUACCACAUUUUGAUUCACCUUUGUUUGUUUUUUAGUCCAAUAGAAUUAAUUCUUAGGCCCAUUUUGCAGUGUUUUUUGUUUUGUUU